GUGCUGGGGAUCUCACAGCUCGUUAAUGGGAUCACAGCUCAUUAAUGGGAUAACACCUCGUUAAUGGGAUCACAGCUCGUUAAUUGGAUCACACAGCUCAUUAAUGGGAUCACAGCUUGUUAAUGGGAUCACACACCUCAUUAAUGGGAUCACAGCUCAUUAUUGGGAUCACAGCAAUUGUUAAUGGGAUCACAAGCUCAUUAAUGGGAUCACAUCUUGUUAUUGGGAUCACAAGCUCAUUAAUGGGAACACAGCUCAUUAAUGGGAUCACACAGCUCAUUAAUGGGAUCAGAUCACACACCUCAUUAAUGGGAUCACAAGCUCAUUAAUGGGAUCACACAGCUCGUUAAUGGGAUCACAAGCUCAUUAAUGGGAACACAGCUCAUUAAUGGUAUCACACAGCUCAUUAAUGGGAUCACACAGCUCGUUAAUGUGAUCACAAGCUCAUUAAUGGGAUCACAUCUCGUUAAUGGGAUCACAAGCUCAUUAAUGGGAUCACAUCUCGUUAAUGGGAUCACACACCUCGUUAGGCAAAAAUGAGGCGCGGGCGAAACCGCGGGCUCGGAGCGGCCGGGAGCGCCCGGGGGCUCGGCGCUGCCCGGGCAGUGCCACCCCUGCCGGGCUAUAAAUGCGCGCCGUGCCCCGCUGCCGCAUCCCGAGCUCUGGGGAGCCGAUCUGCGCUGAGCCGGCUGGCGAUGGCGUGUCCCCUGGAGCAGGCCAUGGCCAUCAUGGUCACCACCUUCCACAAGUACUCGGCCAAGGAGGGCGACAAGUUCAAGCUCAGCAAGGCGGAACUCAAGGAGCUGCUCAACAAGGAGCUGCCCGUCUUCGGCAGUAAACAAAUGGACGAGGCAGAGUUCAAGCGGCUCAUGAACGACCUGGACCACAACAAGGACAGCGAGGUGGAUUUUAAGGAGUAUGUUUGUUUCCUGGCCUGCAUCACCAUGGGCUUCAACGAGUUCUUCAAGGACGACCCCAGCAAGCACCAGCGCAGGAAGUGACCCCUCGAGUGACCCCUCAAGUGACCUCUCGAGUGACCCUUCAAGUGACCCUUCAAGUGACCUCUCAAGUGACCCCUCAAGUGACCCCUUCCUGUGUCUAUCCCAGCCCUGAGUGGCUUUCAAUAAAAGCUU